AUGGCCCGGCAAAACGCACCAACCAACCAACCACGUUGUCAUAUCUCGUUAGCAGAACCUGUGAAUGCUGACUAUGAUCUACAGGGCGACUGGAUUCUCUUCACUCACGAGGGUGGUGUCGAUGUUGGUGAUGUUGAUGAGAAGGCCGAGAAGAUCCUCAUUCCUGUCGACCUCUCUGAAUACCCCUCCAACGAGGAAAUCGCCAGCACUCUGCUCAAGAAGGUCCCCAAGGGUGUGCACAACGUCCUUGUCGACUUCAUCAGCCGCCUGUACGCUGUCUACGUCGAAUGCAACUUCACCUAUCUCGAGAUCAACCCCCUCGUCGUUAUCCCUAACGAGGAUGCCACUUCCGCUACCGUUCACUUCCUUGAUCUUGCUGCCAAGAUUGAUCAGACUGCCGACUUUGAGUGCGGUGUCAAGUGGGCCAUUGCCCGCUCACCGGCUGCUCUGGGCCUCACCAACGUCGCCGGCGGCGAGAAGGUCAACAUCGAUGCCGGCCCCCCUCUGGACUUCCCUGCUCCCUUCGGCCGUGAGCUGACCAAGGAGGAGGCUUACAUCGCCGACCUUGAUGCCAAGACGGGUGCUUCCCUUAAGCUCACCGUCCUCAACGCGACGGGCCGUAUCUGGACCCUUGUCGCCGGUGGUGGUGCUUCCGUCGUCUACGCUGAUGCCAUUGCGUCGGCCGGUUUCGCCGACCAGCUCGCCAACUACGGCGAGUACUCCGGUGCCCCUACCGAGUCCCAGACCUACCACUACGCCCGCACCGUCCUCGACCUCAUGCUCCGUGCCCCUGUCGCCAAGGAGGGCAAGGUCCUGUUUAUCGGUGGUGGUAUUGCCAACUUCACCAACGUUGCCAGCACAUUCAAGGGUGUCAUCCGCGCGCUGCGCGAGUUCGCGACCACCCUGAACGAGCACAACGUCCAGAUCUGGGUCCGUCGUGCCGGUCCCAACUACCAAGAGGGUCUCAAGAACAUGAAGGCUGCCACCCAGGAGCUCGGCCUGAACGCCAAGAUCUUCGGCCCCGAGAUGCACGUUUCCGGCAUCGUCCCCCUGGCGCUGAUCCCUGGCAAGUGGGAGGCCAGCGGCGCCAAGGAGUUUGUUGCUUAA